AUGUCUCAAUUGGAAAGUGUUGAAGCCUUAUUUAAGGAAUUAAAUGCCGAAUGGUCAAAGAAACCACAAAAUCUUAAGAAAUGUGGACAAUUGCUGGAUCAAUUGAAGGUAGCGUUAACAAAAUUGGCAUUUUUACCCACCAAAGAUGUUACCUCCACAAAGGCUGAAAUGGUUCUAUCGCGCAAUGUUUUGGAAAUUGCCGUGGAAUAUAGUGUUGCUACCAAAGAUAUUCCGGCAUUCGAACGUUAUAUGUCACAAUUGAAGUGCUAUUAUUAUGAUUACAAGAAACAAAUUGGUGAAUCUGAAAAUAUGUUUAAACUGCUUGGAUUAAAUCUCUUAUACCUAUUGUCGGUUAAUCGUGUAUCAGAAUUCCAUACUGAACUUGAAUUAUUGUCGGCGGAAAUAAUACACACCAAUAAAUACAUUGGACCCAUUCUGGCCUUGGAACAAUACAUUAUGGAGGGACGUUAUAAUAAAAUAUUCCAAGCAAAGAGUUCCGUACCCUCUGAAAUCUAUUGUUAUUUCAUGGACAUUCUGCUGUGUACAGUGCGUGAUGAAAUUGCUGGCUGCAUUGAAAAGGCCUAUGAUAAAAUUUCCCUUCAAGAUGCUGCCAAACGACUAAAUCUCAAAACUAUCGACGAGGUCAAGGCUUUUGGUGUUAAACGCAACUGGCAAUUGGAUGCCGAUGGCGUUUACAAUUUUGUCGAUAAAUCGGUUAAACCUAAAGAAGUACUGCCCUCAGUAGAAUUGGCUGAGCAAGCUAUAUUCUAUGCCCGUGAAUUAGAAAUGAUAGUUUAAAAAAUAAAAUUUU